AUGGAAAAUGACUUCCACUUGAUUCCCCGCCAGAUAUGGGCGAAUCCAACACCGACUACGACGAAGACUUACUUGCCCGGCUGUACGCCUGUUGUUUUGCCUAGUAAUGGACUCGUAUACCUCAACAAGUCAUUUGCUAUUACCCUCAGUGAGAAUGCCAUAUUCGAGCCUCUCUGCACAGGAUCCCCAACCGACGAGGUUCACAUCUCCGCCGUCCUCGAUACCCGCGAUCCAUUCUAUUCCUCCAUUACCCCACAGUUAUAUGCUAUCGGCUGCGCUACCGUCGUUAGCUAUCUACUUGUCAUCAUCCUUCUCAUCACACCACGCACGUUCUACGUCGGCGGCCCCGGCGGCGGCGGCGCCAAUUUCCUCGGCCGUCAUGGGAUGAUCAGCGGCUCAUAUAGCGGAAACUCGUCAGUGGUCGGAGUCGGCGGACGACCAUGGCUACAGAAAGUGGCUGCGAUUUUAGUUGCGAUUUCGCUGACUAUCGCCACGGUCGAUUCUUUCAAAGUCGCCGAGCGGCAGUAUAACUAUGGAUAUUCCGAUGCAGAGGCGCUUUCCCAGGAGGUUAUUGACGGAAUGGAAAUUCGCAUCGUGCGUGUCAUAUCAAGCACGUUUCUGUGGCUUGCGCAAGUCCAGACAUUGAUUCGAUUGUUUCCGCGACAUAAGGAAAAAGUCAUGAUUAAAUGGGCUGGGUUUGCGUUAAUUGUGCUGGAUACGACUUUUAGUAUUUUGGAGAAUUUUUGGGCGAGGGGAUCGAAUUCUUCUUCGACACGACCUAGGCUAUACGAGGAUGCAAUUCCUGCCUUGAACUACUUGUUCGAGUUGUCGCUUAACCUUCUCUAUGCCGCUUGGGUGAUUUUCUACUCGAUAUCUAAGCACCGAUACGCGUUUUUCCACCCCAAGAUGCGGAACAUUUGCUUAGUGGCUCUUCUCUCGCUGUGUGCCAUUUUGAUACCCGUUGUCUUUUUUGUUAUGGAUAUUGCCAAGCCAGAAAUUGCCGGCUGGGGUACCUAUAUCCGAUGGGUCGGCUCUGCCGCGGCCAGUGUGGUGGUUUGGGAGUGGGUGGAACGCAUCGAAGCGCUGGAGCGAGAUGAAACCAAAGACGGGAUUCUUGGGCGAGAGGUUUUCGAUGGCGAUGAAAUGCUUGAAGUCACUCCAUCCGAGGAAGUUGACUGGCCACGCUUCUCGGGCCAAGGACGUGACGACGAAGGUGGCGGCAAUGGCGCCUCGUCUGGAUGGGGCGGCGUGAUGGGCUUAGCCCAUCGACCUCUACGAGCCCGGGCUGGAUUGCCUCGCGGCAAUCGAAAGAAAGGAGGCGGAGCACCACAAAAUAACCAAACAGCUGUGUCGGCGCCGCGGGGGCCAAACGAUAACCGGCCCACUCCACCCCCAGCGGCGAUGACACCAGUGAGCCGUGCAGAUACUACUAGUGCAGCAAGCACAGUAUACAAUAUCCGGUAUCAUUCAGUGGCUAGCCCUACGCCUCCAGUUGCAAUGCCAAAUAUGCACGAGGAGGAGGAAUUCGACGAAGACAAGGAACUGGAGGUCAUGGAACCACAUACCGCUGAUACAAAUGGUCAUGCUCUUUCUGCUCAAAAUACCCGGGAGCAGUCGCCGAAAAUUGUCCCAGCCGACCCACGAUGGCAUGUUCUCCUGCACCCAUUCAAGAGGCGACGUGCAUCUCUGCCCAAAGAAGUGGCAUCUGCACAAGCUGGAGAAGAGCAAUCAGAACACAGACCAUCUGCAGCAGCAGCAGAGGCUGAAGCAGAAACAAAUGCUGCCCGAUCUCGAGCUGAUCUCUUCUUUUCUCUCCAUCGGAAAGCCCGAUUGGGCACUGGAACACAAAACGCGGACGGCUCAUUACCAGUCACCGUUAUUCCAGCACGUCGCCGCGGCCAACACACAUGGUCACCACAAAACCGACUGCUGGAGGAUACCCAGCCACCGGGAGAGACCCGGCCGAUAGAACCUCCUCAACAUCACGAACCGCCAUCUAACCGGCCCAAUUUACCUGUACGAGUAAUUCCUUCUCGGCCACAAGCGUCUGCUCCAUGGACGCAGGCAGAUGUAGAGCGAGGAGGCGGGGAUUAUGUCCUACACUAUGACCCGGAAGCGGCGGCACUCAUCAAUGAGGAUGUCAGCCAUUUAGAUCGCAAUGAUCGUGUCACAGCCUACGACCAACGAAGCUGGACAGAGUCGACAUACUCGGAAGAAAGAAAUGACGUGUUAGCUGGACAAACUGACCCAUCACAUGUCGAAUCUCAACCCGAGCACGGACCUUCCAACGAACAACAUGGUCGGAACUCUACUUAA